CCGCCCCAGCAGCACCCUAAUGCUACAACGUCUCCUGUUUGUCUCUGCUGUCGACCAACAAUCUCUUACUCGAUCGCUGAGGACACAUCCCUCGUAUGCUGUAGCUGAGGGAAGUUCUCCACACUGUCAGCAUCUCUCAGAAGUUGUACAUGAGCAGAAUUAGCAACAUGAGGGCGACGACCUGGCUGGUCGUGCUCAGCGUGUUGGCCUUUUAUGGUUCCAUCACUGCCAAUAGUGAACGACAGGAGGCUGAGAGAGAGGUGAAUGGUGGCAAGGCAUGUAAGGCAGCUGGAGGAAAGUGUGUGUCGAGUAUCACUGCCUGUUAUUCCCCGCUCCCUAACCACGACGACUGUCCAAGCAGUACAAGGAAAUGUUGUGGGCGGACGGUGGGGGGAUCGCAGAAAUCGACGAAGCAACUGGGGAAGAAGGGGAAAGCCAAGAAGGAACGUCCUGACACAGAUGGCGGAGAUAAAGAGAAGAAUAACAAGAAAAAACGUAGGAAAAUGGACAAGAAAAAACGUAGGAAAAUAGACAAGAAAAAACGUAGGAAAAUAGACAAGAAAAAUCAUCGUGAAGGAAAUGACAUAGAGAAAAAGGUCAAGGAAACGUCGAAGAGUAAACAGACAGGUAGAAAUAAUAAAAAGAAUGAAAACUCUGAAACAAUCGAAAUUAAACGACACAGGAAACAAAACAAAAAGAAGAGCAAGGCAAUAGAUAAGAAUGAACGUAGAAGAGAAGACAAAAAGAAAAAGAUAAAAAUAUUUGGAAAGAAGGAAAGUUCCAGAGGAGAAGGCAAAAAUAUAAAGGUCAAGGCAACAGGGAAGAAACAAAGCUACAGACAACUAAAAAAAAAGAUGGUGAUCAAAGGAAUAACCAAGACUGAAGAACAAGAGAACAAUAAAAGAAAGAAGAUAAAUGGAAGAGAAAAGAAGAAAGACUCUAAAACUAAACAAGAAAAUCAAGAGAAGAGAAAAAUGACUCUCACCAAGACGAAGAAGAAAAAGGAGAAGAAGAAGGAAGGAGGGGUGCAAGCGUCGAUAAAGAACAGUGGACAGCGCUCUAAAGACAAGGGCAAAAUGUAUGGAGAAAAACCUUCAAGGAAAUGUAAACAAAAGAAAAAGUGCAAAAAAGCUGGAGGUUCUUGCAAAGGGUCGUGCUCGAAAAGGGAGACGGAGAUGGUGAAGGGUUGUAAAGGCAAACGUUGCAAGUGUUGUGUCCCAGAAGGUAGAGAGUGUAAAAUAAAAAAAAAAUGCAAGAAACGUGGUGGUACCUGCAAGACUAAUGAGUGUUCUGACGGUGAACGUGAGAUAAACAAAGGUUGUGGGGGCAAAGGCUGCUGGUGCUGCGUUCCUCCCAAGCAAGGUUGUCAGUCCAAGAAGAAAUGCACGCAAAAUAAUGGCGUCUGCCAGACUAGCCAGUGUUCAUACGGUGAACGUGAGAUCCCCCGAGGCUGUCGCGGUCCCAACUGCUGGUGCUGUGCCCCACCCGAGGACCAGUGCACUGCUCUGUCGUCGUGCGACCAAGGCCAUGCAGUGUGCAGAUCCUCGUGCCAGAACGAGGAACGUGAGGUGCCCGGAGGCUGCCACGGGUCCAGCUGCAAAUGUUGUACCCGGCGCCCACCUACCUGUCCUGCCACAGCUGACUGUCCCGGCAUCUGUGUAGAGAAACAAAACUGUAUCAAACCCCUGACGUAUUACUACUGUUCAGGUUAUGAUUGUACCUGUUGCCAGGAAGAUGGAGUAGUAACCCCAGGGACUACUGCCACUACAAUAACUCCUACCGGCCCCACUACAAUGACUCCUACCGGCCCCACUACAAUGACUCCUACCGGCCCCACUACAAUGACUCCUACCGGCCCCGCUACAAUGACUCCUACCGGCCCCACUACAAUGACUCCUACCGGCCCCACUACAAUAACUCCUACCGGCCCCGCUACAAUGACUCCUACCGGCCCCACUACAAUAACUCACCGCCCCACUACAAUGACUCAACCCUUACCGGCCCCACUACAAUGA